CGUGUCUGUACAGGAUGGUAGUGAGGUGUGUUAAUUAUAUGUGGUCCAGGUAGAGGGGUACGACGGAAAUAUAGGUUUUGUUCUAAUGGUGGCUGCUCGUGCGCUGGUAAAUGAACUAUCUGGAACUCUACUACAAUUCGGAGCUCCUCUUGUCCCUGUGUCUGUUCCUGUUCCCGUGGCUGUUGUUCCUGCGCCUGUUCCUGUUCCUGUGGCUGCUGUUCCUGCGGUUGCUGUUCCUGCGGUUGUUGUUGCUGUCGCCCUUCUCGACGUCUCCAACCUCGUCCCCUUUCGGCCUGCAGUAGGGAUUGUCGACGACUUACUCUAGCCUCAGCUUGUUCCCAAAGCUGUCGUCGUCGUUGUAGUCGUGCCUCUCUCUGGGUCGCUUGUUCAACCCUCCAUCUAUCGUCUUCAACGUUUUCAACACGCUGGCUUCUACGCGACAUUGAAUCAAAAAGGAGUAAGGAGUGAUGAUUGGAUUACUCGUGAC